CAACAAGGAUACACUCCGGACGCCUGAGCCCUUUGGCAACUAGGUGGCAUUUCUGAAAUAAGUCAAAAUUGUUGUUUCAGUUCCGGCACUUCCCGAACCUUCAACGUCCGGUUUCCUCCUUCCCUCCCCUCUCAAGUUACAAAUGACUCCUUGAUUCUCUUACAACAUAUUGGUCAAUGUAGAAUCUAAUAGUUGCAAGUUAUGCAAAAUCUGCAGGGUUUAUCUGGAGUGCAAAUAUUGUAUUUUGGGCACUGGUGGUUUGCUGGAAGGUUCAUAUGGACUCCUAAUUAUUUGGUUAGGUUGUUCCUAGAGAAGUUAUAGAUUAAAUGUAGCUUGUUUUCUAAUGCACUUGACCAGAAAGCUUGCUUCGAAGUUUCAUAAUCUGGAUUUUUGAUGGACUGCAAUAAAGAAGAGGCCUUACGGGCCAAGAUCAUUGCUGAAAAGAAGAUGGAAAGUAAAGAUUUCACUGGGGCUCGUAAAAUUGCUCUUAAAGCCCAGCAACUGUAUCCUGAUCUGGAGAAUAUAGCUCAAAUGCUUAUUGUGUGUGACGUGCAUUGCUCUGCUGAGCAGAAAUUGUUUGGGAAUGAGAUGAACUGGUAUGGAAUUCUUCAAAUUGGGCAGUCAGCUGAUGAGGCAACGAUAAAGAAACAAUACAGGAAGUUGGCCCUCCAACUUCAUCCUGACAAGAACAAGUUUUCUGGUGCAGAAGCUGCGUUUAAGCUAAUUGGGGAAGCUCAAAGAGUUCUUUUGGACAAGAAUAAACGAGCUCUACUAGACAUGAAGUACAAAGUUCCUAUGAACAGAACUACUAAGCAAUAUCAUCCGGCACAGAAGUUUCAUACACAUGUGAAUGCUGGGGUGCAAAACAAUGUCAGGGCCAAUUUUUCCAACAUGAAUCCUCAGAAGCCGCAACAGCCUAGGCAGUCAACACAGCAGGGGCCAAAUGGUAGCCGCCCUACAUUUUGGACUGCUUGCCCAUUUUGUUCUAGUAGAUAUGAGUUUCACUUUGAAGCUGUGAAUAGAUCUGUUUCCUGUCAUACUUGUCAUAGGCCCUUUGUUGCAUAUGUGCUAGGUACAUCAAUAGCAGCUAAUUCAAGUCGUCAAGCUUUUAGCCAACAAAGAGAUGGUUUAAAUCAUGGUGCUAGUGUUGGAUCUCAAGGUAUGAAUGCUGGAAACUUCAAUACAAAGCCUUAUGCUGAAAGAGCCCCCAACUUCUCUGAUAAGUCGAAUAGAAAGAGAAAGAGGAAGAAAGCAGAAGAAUCUAGUGAAAGUGCUGAUUCCUUAGAUAGCAAUGAUUAUGACGAUGAUAUGGUUGUUGACAGGGAUGGUGUUCCUGGUGAAAACUAUCCAACUGGUAGAGAACAGCAUCGGCGUAGAUCUACAAGGUCUAAGCCUCAGGUUGUUUAUAAGGAGAAUGGGAGUGAUGAUGACGACGACCUUUUAAAGCCCUCAACAGGGGCCAAGGGAAGUGGUUCAUAUGGUGCUGAAGAAGAUAAUGGCUCAGCUGCUGAUCUGAAAGAUGAGCAAAAAGAGGUGAAACAGAAAGACAAUCGUUAUUCUGAAGAGCGCUUACACAAGAGAAAUGAGGAAACUCUGGACAGGAGGGGAAAAGAAGCAAACCAGUGCUCAAAGGGGACUGGAGAAGCAGCAGAAGCUCCGACCAUUUUUGUCUAUCCUGAUGCAGAGUUCAGUGACUUUGAAAAGGACAAGAAAGAAGAUAGUUUUGUAAAUGGACAGAUUUGGGCUGUGUAUGACACAGUUGAUGGCAUGCCGAGAUUCUAUGCUUUGAUCAAGAAAGUUCUCUCUCCUGGGUUCAAGCUGCGAAUAACAUGGUUUGAAGCAGAUCCAGAUGACAAGGAUGAAAUCGACUGGGUAGAAAAUGAUCUGCCAGUUGCUUGUGGGAAGUAUGUGCUUGGCAACACUGAAAUUACUGAAGAUCGUCUAAUGUUCUCACAUCUGAUUUUGUGUGAAAAGAUUGACCGCAGUACUUUUAAAGUUUAUCCUAGGAAGGGGGAAACUUGGGCUCUAUUUAAAAAUUGGGAUAUCAAAUGGUACACUGAUGUGGAAUCUCAUCAGAAUUAUGAAUUUGACUUCGUUGAAAUUUUGUCAGAUUAUGUUGAAGGAGAGGGGGUAUCUGUUGCAUACUUGGAGAAGGUGAAAGGUUUUGUCAGUCUCUUCUCUCGAGCUAACAAGGGUGAUAUGGACUCAUUUCAAAUUCCAUCGGCGGAGUUGUUUAGAUUCUCCCAUAGGAUUCCUUCUUUUAAAAUGACUGGUCAGGAAAGAGUAGGCGUCCCUAAAGGAACUUUUGAACUUGAUCCUGCAUCUUUGCCGGUAAAUCUUGAAUAGAUUGCUGUUUUGGAAGGAUUUGAAAGCCACGGCUGGUUGGUAUUGUGGACCAUGUCCAUAUGGGAAGUUAAGGUUUGUAUCCAUUUUGCGCUCAUUUUUCAAUGAGUUGAUCAGAGAUAGGCCAGGAGAUACAGAUGCAGGUGAAAGUCUAACCAACCAUACGUCGUUGUACGUGCUAGAAGUAAUCAUAUUUUGUGGCCUUCUCUUUUCUUUUCUUUUCUCCCCCUCAGUGAGAUAACCUUGUGGUUUGUAAGACGAGGAAGUGCCGUUGGCGUUAGACUUUUUGAGUCAUGAAGAAAAAGUUAUCUCUAUUUUUCAGCCUUCAUCGUCUUGUUUUCAAUGAGUGAGACUCGGAUGUUAUGGAAAUGGAGAUAAAGUUGAACAUCCCUCGUCAUAUGAUUCAUAUCCUAUUUUAUCACCAUUUGGACAUCA